CUUCUCCUGCGAAGCUUCCUCGAAGCUCACCGCCGAACUUCCCCUCACGCCCUUUAAUUCCCCCACCUCCUCCCUCUCUCUCUGCAAUUACCAAAGCUUUUCUUCUUGUUCUUCGCCUUCACUUUUCCCUUCUUAUCUUUCUCAUCUCAUCAAAGUGAUGAAGCUCAUCAAAAUUGGAUCCUUCUUCUCAAAGAUCUCUAAAUCGAAGAAAAGAGCCCGGAUCGAAUCCCCCUCCUUCGGAUCCAUCGCUACCGCCUCUUCCUCGGAAGAAACCCUGACCCCGAAAUCCGUUCUACCCAUCGCCGUCGACGACCUAUUCAGUGUCUUCGAUCGCGACGGCGACGGCAAAAUCACGAGGCGCGAGCUCGAGGCUGUGCUUAAACGGCUGGGCCCACACGAUCCGCCGACAGAGGAGGAGCUCGCCUCCAUGGUGGCGGAGAUCGAUCGCGACGGCGAUGGUUGCAUCAGUUUGGAUGAGCUCGAGGUCAUCGUCCCUGCGGCGCUCGGUGAACCCGUCGCCGGCGACGAGCUCCGCGAUGUGUUCGCUGUCUUUGAUGCCGAUGGCGAUGGAAAGAUCUCGGCAGAGGAGCUUCUUGGUGUUUUUAUAGCUCUCGGAGACGGCGAAUGCACGAUCGAUGAUUGUCGCCGGAUGAUCGUCGGCGUCGAUACCGACGGCGAUGGUUUUGUUUGUUUUGGGGAUUUCGAACGGAUGAUGGAUGCAAAGAGAUGAGGGUGGAUGGACGGUUGUGAUUGGGUUGUACCGAAUCUUGUAAUUAGAAAGAUGUUUGUAGACUUGUGGUAAGAAUGGUCAACUUUUGAAUUAGUAAAAAGAAGUUUUAUUUGAAGAA